AUGAGUGUUUUAAUUUCUGGUGCUACUGGUUUCAUUGCCCAACAUAUUGUUGGUGAUCUCUUAGAUCAAAACUACAAAGUUAUUGGUACUGCAAGAUCACAAGGUAAAAUUGACAAAUUAAUCAAACAGUUUGGUAACAAUCCAAACUUUCAAAUGGAAAUUGUCGAAGAUAUCUCCAAAUUAGAUGCUUUUGAUGCUGUCUUCCAAAAACAUGGUAAAGAUAUCAAAUAUGUUUUACAUACCGCUUCCCCUUUCCAUUUCAAUACUACUGAAUAUGAAAAAGAUUUGUUAAUCCCUGCUGCUAACGGUACAAAGGGAAUUUUGGAAUCUAUUAAGAAGUAUGCUGCAAAGACAGUCGAACGUGUAGUUGUCACUUCCUCUUUUGCUGCUAUCAUGGAUUUCGCUACUUACAAUGAUGGUAAAACUAUUUUCACUGAAGAAUCUUGGAAUCCAGUAACAUGGGAAGGUGCUCAAGCAAACGCUGUUGAAGCUUACUGUGGUUCUAAAAAAUUUGCUGAAAAAACUGCUUGGGAUUUCUUAAAAGAAAAUGAAGGCCAAGUUUCUUUUAAGUUGUCUACUGUUAACCCAGUUUUCGUCUUUGGUCCACAAAAAUUCUUGGAAGAUGCUAAGGGAACAUUGAACACUUCCUGCGAAUUUGUUAAUCAAAUGAUUCAUGCUAAACCAACCGAUGAAGUCACAACUACCCGUGACGGUGAAUACAUUGAUGUUCGUGACGUAGCUAAGGCUCACAUUUUAGCCAUGCAAGAAGAUAAAUUGAUUGGCAAGAGGUUAUUGAUGCAAAAUGGUCCAUUCACUAAGCAAGAUAUUGUUAAUAUUUUAAACGAUAAAUUCCCUAAGUUGAAGGGAUCAAUUCCAAAAAGUAAUUCUAAUACUGAUAUUCAAAAGGCAACCUUCUUUAAUAAUGUCAACAGUGAUGUUACUAAAAACUUACUUGGCUUCAAACUAAGAACUUUGGAAGAAACUAUUUAUGACACUGCCGAACAAAUUCUUAAAAACGAAGCACAAUUAUAA